CACUGGAAGCAGAAAAAAAAACAAAAAAAAAACCGUCAGACAUGGAUGACCCACUCACAAAAUGGCUCCACGUCCACGCUAGCAUCAACACCACUGCGACGUUAUGAUGGCUCACGUCGUCACUUAAGUGGUCGUCUUAUUUUGGAGCUAUAUAUAUUUAUAUAUAUAUAUAUAUAUGCUGGGGUUUCAACAACGAACAACAUGAUGGAAAAAAGGCAGCCGGACCUUUGUCCUGGAAGUCCAGGUGAAGAAUCCGGACCUGGAAAGGCUGAAGACUCCUCCAUCAUCAUCCUCACCAGACAGGAGGAGGAGGAGGAGGAGGAGGAAGAAGAGGAGGAGGAGGGGGAGGAGGAGGUGAAGAAGAAGGAGGAGGAGCGAGGAGAGAGGGCCGAGGAGACAGAUGACGUCCCCCUGCAGAACCCGACUAACAGGACCGUCAUCAUCAUCAACGGCGUUGCCAAGGAAACUGCCUCUCACGACGACGCCCUUGACCUGAAAAGGGAAGUGCCGGUGAUCGAGCUCUCCAGGGGGGCCGCUAUAAAGGCGCUGGAGCAGAGGACCGAGAGCCAGUCGGUGGCCAUCACGGAACUUCGCAGACCUCCUCCGCCCGCACCGCGCACACACCGAGACGACGCUCGAAUGGUCCAGCUGAGCCCCAACGCGUUCCCAGUCCCGGCCCGGGCCAUGCUCUACAACCUGGCGCAGCCUCUCGCCGCCAUCAACAGUCUCGCAGGGGAGGUCGAGCAGUUCGGCAUGUACCCCAUCAGCAGCAGAGUCAAACGCCGCCCGGCGCCGUACGAGGUUGAACUGGACGAGGCUGGCCAGCCAAAGAUCGUCCGGCGUAUCUUCACAAACAGCCGUGAACGUUGGCGGCAGCAGAACGUGAACGGCGCCUUUGCAGAGCUUCGUAAACUCAUCCCUACUCACCCUCCUGACAAGAAGCUGAGCAAGAACGAGAUCCUGCGUCUUGCCAUGAAAUACAUCAGCUUCCUCUCCAACCUCCUGGAGGACCAGGACGGCGGGCGCACUGUUGGCGCCACGACCGAAGGGGAGACUGGGAUAAUGGAGGGGGUCCCCCAGGGGGGACAGCGUCAGGACACAGUGGCAAGGGAUGACAUGCUGGAGACAAUGUCGCCUGGGUCCAGCUGCGGAAGCCUGCCCGACGGAGACGCCGAGGGCAGCCCGGAGAGCUUCAUGGAGGAUCAGGACUCACCUCCGGCUACGAGGACUCUAUCGGCCUCACGGGGCCCUGCGCUUCAUCUUGCUACUCGGGAUCUGAGGCGCAAUGGACGCCCGCUUGACGGCUCUGGUCGGCGAUGAUUCUCAUGCUUCAAAAGCAGAAACACGCACGCUCGGCUGAAAGUGAAAAGGUGUGCAAAGGUGAGACAACAUGGACCUGACUACCUGCAGUACCUUCCUGUCUCCUCACGUCACGCCACUGAUGAAGAGCUUGGGUCAAUCAUGGCGGAAUUUGGUCCAAAACCACUUGUAAAUUCUGCAUGCCUUGAUGAUGAAAUGACAGGGAAAGGAGCUAGGAUCCUUUAUCUCCAUACAAAGCGUGUAAAAAAACGAACAAAAACAACGUGCAAUGAAAGUAAAACCAAACAAUAAUGACACAAUAAUGUACAAAGUAAAGCAAGAUUUCUUGCACCAUUGACCACUGUUUAGUCCAUGUCAACACCAACACUUCUUAAACGCAUACUUACCUCUGCGUUUACACCUCUUGUCCACACGCAAACGCAGACUUCUGUCCUUAAAAAACGCAGACUUUUGCCAACGCUGGCCAAAGUGGAGAGUUCCACUCUCCGCAAACGGAGACUUGCACUCCUCUGAUGACAUCAUGGUCGUACGCGCUCAUUUCCAAGCUCAACAACACUGCCUUGCUGCCUUUAAACACACUACCAGAGGACUUAGCGUCUGUUUGAACGUAAACAUGCUGCUAUUUUCACUCAACUAGAAUAACAUUUAAAAAAAAGUGGCCUUUGCGACACUCCCGCUAGCGCUAAUGACAGUCAGCUGUUUUGGAUACGAACGCUGUCGGACCUCCACCUGAUGGGACAACUUUGACUUUUUGCGCCGCGUUAUAAGAAAGGUGCAACAUUAUGUGCGCGUGAGCAACUAAAAAAAAUCCUCCUUGUUAGUGUGAACUUAUGUAUACACUUCAUCGCACAUGGACUAUAUCAUUAUAUCCAUGAUUAAAUGCAUUUUGCAGCAACACACACACACACACACGUCCGUACGCUUGCAGGCACUUAAUCAUGCCAAAGGCUUUCCUUGGCUCGUUAGUGUGUGCUGAUUUAAAAAAAAAUAAUGUAGACUCCACUGCACAUAUCACCAUGUUGCUGAUUAAACACGUUAUAAUUCUGAGUCUUGGUUAAAAAAGAUUGAUAAUGUUCCCAGGACUGUGAAGUGCAGGCUGGUUUUAAAGAUAAUGUCAUUGUACAUCUAGUAUAUCACAAUAAAGGUUAUGAUGAUAUACUGUAGGUGUAAUGCUACCAAGUCAGCUCUUUGCUGCUUUUUUCCAGGUUUCUGAUUGGACAGAAGGUGCAUGACAGCAGGGGUAUGCGUUUGUGUGGAUUUGCAUAUACUAGUUCUCAGGAUCCAGUUCUAGGAACUACCACACUCCAGUUUAGUUAUAGGAACUAGCCUCCCCCAUAGGGACUUUUCCUCUUCACGCUGGCACAUGGCUGGGGACCUUGGUAAAACAACCUGUGUGACACAUAUCCGCCUGCGACCGUGACCUACUACUUUAUAUAUAAAAGCUGGAGAGGUGAAUCAGACAACUUUUUAGAACAUUUCUUAGAUCUAUACCCAGGCUAAGUCUUCUGUACUGUUUACUCACCUUCAAGCUCCUGUCAAGGUGGGACAUUCUCGUCGUUCAUCACUCUCAGCUCAGUUCAUCACUCCAAAGUGUCGAACUUUUGAGUGAUUCGGCUUGUCUUUCUGUUCGCAUCACUCAGGUUGUUAUGGUCCUG